AGCUCGUUCGCCGAACCCAUCCUCCCCAGCUCCGCAAUCAUUCUCUGAAUAUCAAAUUCGGUCGAAAGUUACAUUUUGUUCGAGCGAUUUUUCUUGUCGAAGUAAUUUUUAUUAACAUCAACGGCGGUUUAUACCGCCGUUGAAAAAAGUGUGAAAUAGCAGCAACGAAAAGAGGAAAAAACAAGACACGCGCAAUGUGGUAAAAACGAAAAACACUGUUAUUUUAAACACGACGAUACUCUCCAACAUUGGGAACAAUGUAAAUUGGGGCUAGUUGAGUGAAGUUAAAUAAUUUGCUUUGCAAUUUGCCAAACUCAAUUAGGAAUAAUUUUCAAGUGAUCUACGUUUGAAAACAAAUUAUUUAACCCGUUAUUAACGCUGUAGUAAAUAGCGAAAUAUAGCGUGUACUUACAUUGGAAAUUCAACGGCCAUACGUUCUACCGAUGAAAGGGAAAAAAGUUAGUUCAAUGCUGACUCAAAUAUCUUACUACACUCUUCAGCUUCUUCUGAAAUACAUUUGGAGAACCAAUUUAUCCAAUCAGCGUGUUAGAUUUCCAUUAACAACAAUAGACAUUGUGCUAAUGUUAUAUUUACACGAGACAAACGUCAGCUGAAGUGACACAGCACCUUGGAACAGUCCGUAAAAACGAAAAGUCUAUCGGAUCGGCUGAAUCGUUAUGGCCAAGGCGAGUUGGGCGAAUUUCGUAUCCGGCUCGCGUGACAGCGGCUUAAGGCGCUAAAAUAGAGCCUGUAUGGCAUCGAUGUAGUCGACACGUCGGUGCCAGAACGCAGUUACGCAUUUAGUCUUUAACUGGAAGCAUCCGCGGCCGGAACAAGCGGCCGCCGAGCCCGUGACCGACGAAAACGCGAAUUUUCCUCGAUCGAACAGCGCGAAUCGUCUCUUCUGGGCGAUCCUUUCGUGGAAAACGAAUCGAUUCGUAGCCGUGAAACGACGAUGUGAAGCGUCUGCGAGGCUAGAGGAUGCAACAAGUGCGUCGCGGCGGAGAACAGUUCACGAAAAGGGGACGUCAUGUAGAAGCUACCUGCGUUGCCAAUUGCGUCCACGAAUCGACCGCUUGAUCUCCGCGCUGCCGCUAAUUACCCUCGCAAUCAGCCUCGAUUCAGCUUCGUUUCACGCCUACGAGAUCAUCGUUUGCAACGAAAGGAUCCGCCGUAUGAACGCGACUGUAGAAAAUCCGUGAGUGAAAGUACACGCAUCAUAGUAUUCCCUUCGUUCGAUCGUUCUUCUAUAAUCUUUGAUUACUUCAUCGUUCGGUUAUUUCGUCGAUCGACGAGCUAUACCUAUCAGAACGAGACACGUCUCUAUCCGAUUUUUCAAUCUGUUCGCCGAGUCUUUUGAUGCGUCGGAUCGGACCGACGAGAAUCGAAAAACACUCGGAGAAAGAGUUCGCGAAUAGAAAUCGAGAAUCCAGGCGUGGUACGGGGAAGAUUCCCGGUGUGGAAUGGAAAUCAAAAGAAACGAUCCUCGGCCGGAAGAACUCGAGGAAAAUCCGUUUCUCUGGACGAUCUGUAAAACGGGUGUCCCUCGAAUAUUGGCCACGAGUCUGUUCGCUGUCGGUCGAUAUUGUGCGGACCAAUUGCCAAAGAAAAUGGGCCUGGGCAGCCUUCGGAUCCUGGCCGCGUUCCUAGUUAUCGUAAUGCCCCGAUCGCUGACUUACAUUCUCCUGUAUCCGAUUUUCAGAUUAGUGUUUGGCAAUUUGUAUCCGGCCUACGCUUCGUACAAGGCAGUGAGAACGAAGAAUGUGAAAGAAUACGUGAAAUGGAUGAUGUAUUGGAUCGUGUUCGCGCUGUUCACGUGCGCGGAAACAUUCACCGACGUCUUCUUCAGCUUUUGGUUCCCGUUUUACUAUGAAAUCAAGACUAUCCUGGUGAUCUGGCUGUUGAGCCCAGCCACUAAAGGCUCCAGCAUUCUCUACAGACGCUUCGUUCACCCGGCUUUGAUCCGGCGCGAGGCUGAGAUCGACGAUGCCUUAGCACGCGCGACGGAGCAAGGUUACUCGGCAGUGUUGCACCUCGGAUCGAAAGGUGUGAAUUAUGCUACCACGGUUCUCAUGCAAACCGCCAUCAAGCAUAUUCUGAAGUCAGACCAAAUCAUGGUGACUGAGCUAUCAACGAUCCAAUCGGCCUCGGCCGUUUCUAGCUUGGCCAAGCUUCCAACGACCUCGAAGGAAAAGACGGACCAGAUAGACGCCAUCCAGAAACCGAGCACCCCGUCGCACUCAAGCAGUAGCUCCGAUGACUUGAUGCCUGUCGAUUCGAUGCCCAACAUGAGCAACGAUAUGAACACGGACGACGAGCUGGUCGAAAUUAAUCGUGUAGCAGAAGGGAACGUUUUCAAGGCGCCAUCGCCGAAGAAAACGUACAAGGCGCGGAAAACCAGAAAAGGGCGAACCGAAGGCAACUCGAGGCGACUCAGGUCACAGGUUCGCGACACUGGCUCCAUCUUCAGCGACGAUGAGUGGGACCAGCAGUAUGCAUCCACCCUGACAGAAUACUGAAACACAGUGUCGUUCUGUGGAAAGCAACGAUUUAACGUAGUCUCGGAGAAUCGCGAGAAUAAUCCUCGACAGGCUUUCGCCGAAAAGGAGUGCAAGUUACCGAUUUAAGAUUAACAUAGCGUUUUUACAUUUAUAGAGAUUCGAGUGGAAUGGGUUUUAGGGAAAUUAUGCGUGUGUUUAUUGAAAGUCUUAGAGUGAUUUUCCAUUUUUUUCUCUCUCCCUCUCUCUCUCUCUCUCUCUGUUUUAGAGCCGAGUUAAUCCUGAAGAAGGUAUUCGUUAAGACGGAUUAUGGAAUGGUUGGGAAGACAAAGAUAAAAAGGGAUUUGAUCAUUUCGAUGAGAGGGGAGUUUUUGAAAUUUUAUUCCCGUGAAAUUAUUUGUUACAUCUACACCUGCGUUACGAUACUAUAUACAACGAUAAAGAUGUUUUUUUACUCGAUAUAUACCAGAGGCCUUUAGCAUAAUGUAAUCUCAGCUGCGAAACGUUUAACAUUUAGAUGAACAUUAAGAAACUAUUAUUGCGUGCCACCUUUCUGCGAAUUCUGCGACUUAUAUCGUUUAUUAUACCAAUUAGCAUUAAGAGUAAUCUAUCGUGAUUGAUCGCGUACCGUGAUAAUUUUGAUAAGUCGGGAGAACUGGUGCCUUACGACAGAUGACGAUAUGAGAUUUUGUCGAUUACGACAAUCCAAGAAAUUUUCGUCCAUUGUUGCAAACUGGCAAACUAUUCUUAACAAAUAAAUAUAUCAAAUAAC